UUUAGCGGCAGUGGCACGGAGGAGGCGACGGCACACGCACCCGGCGAGACGGACGCCUCCACACGUCUCUCCUCUCCCCCUCUUCUUCUUCCUCCUCCGCGAUACUCAGAGAGAGAGAGAGAGAGGAAUACCCACCCAGCCACCCGCGUCACGAAUCCAUCCAUCCGCAUCGAUGCGGCGCUGGUGGUAGGAGGGGAGGGGGAGGGGGAAAUGGUGGGGGAUCAGGAGAGGCGGCGGCGGAGGGGGUGGAGGGAGGAGGAGGACCGCAUCUCGGAGCUCCCGGACGCGCUGCGGCUGCAGAUUCUGAGCCUGCUGCCGCUCAAGUCGGCCAUCCGGACAGGGGUGCUCUCGUCGCGGUGGAGGGGCCUGUGGGAGCAGCGCUGGCCCGACCCGUCGUCGGUGGAUGUGCGGCUCCCGUCCGGGGCGGCGGCCUCGGCGUCGGUGGCGGCGCUGCGCGGGGAGCACCUCGCGGCGGUCGAGCGGCGCGGGAGGCGGCGGAUGGACUGCCUCUCGCUCGCCUUCCACGCGGGCCAGCUCGCGCCGCCCGAGCUCAAGCGGUUCAUCGAGUACGCGGCGGCGUGCGACGUCGAGGAGGUGCGGCUCCGGCUCGACGGCGGAGGCGGCCGCGGCGCGCGCGGGGGGACGCGCCGGCCCGGCGCGCUCGCGGUGCACUUCCCCAUCGGGAGCAAGCUCCUCGCGCGCCUGUCGGUGCGGGGGCUCCACCUCACGGCGUCGGCCAACGCGAUGGUCGCCACGCUCGAGGUGAUCCAUUUCCACUCGGUUUCCCUCACGGACGCCGCGCUGCGGCGGGUGGUCUCCGCCUGCCCGCGCCUCCGCGAGCUCGAGCUCCGGUACUGCCGCCACCUACGCCGUAUCGAUUUCACCGUUGGGGCCGCCAAUCUUAAGAGUCUCACCGUCGUGGACUGCUCCCGUGCCACGGAGCUGCGUGUGCCUUCGGCGCCCCGCCUUCGGUCGUUCCGGUUCAGCGGUGCGUUCCUCUGCAGCAACAUUUUCGGUAGCACCGUGGAUUGUCUUGAGCAUCUGUACCUCUGCUCGGGCGGGCCAGAAACAGGUUUGCCGCGCACCAACUUGCCGUCGGCAGUACCCCGCCUCUCAAACCUCACCGUACUCACACUAUGCAGCAUUGCCCUUCAGUAUGUUUCUGCUUCAGUAGCCACGACCACGACCACGACCACCAUGGACAGGAGCUUGCACAGCUUGAGAGAGCUCCAGCUGCUCAUGUUUGGAAUGGCCAACUCCAAUCUCGCAGAUAUCUAUAGCUUCCUCAAGGCCUGCCGUUGUCCUCAGUUGGAGAGGCUCUUUGUGCAGCUCCCUACGAACACAUAUGAUUCGUUCACGACGAAUUAUUUGGAGGUGGCAGAGGAAGAACCGCCAGAAGGCGGAUUGGAAAACCUUUGGUCGGCCAAGAUGACAAACUUCAAGGGUUAUCGCAAUGAGAUACGACUGGUGGAUUUCCUGCUGAGGAAGGCUAGCUGUCUGAACAAACUAUUCCUGAUUGCUCCCAAGGAGGUUCUCCCACAAGUCCACCGAAAGGUCCACUCGGAGGCACUGCCCCAUUUUCUAAAGACAGAUGUAUCACGUCUUGAAAGAGCUUCAGUAACUGCCCAGAUAAUUUUUGAUGAGUCUGUUAGUCCUCAGUCACAACCAUUGCAUUCAGAGGUCUUUGUCAGAAUUUAGCUGAAAUAAGCAAUUGCGUCGUACUUUAAUUGCUGCUCCUUAAUUGUUACCACUAUAGCUUUUAGGCAACAGACAUGAAAAAAGAUCUGCAAGCAUACAGAGUUUGGUAUAAUAUAGUUGCAAUUUAUGUUUUGAA